UUCAUUUCCUGUUUUACUGCCUUUCAAAAACCACACACUCUGCCUGGAGCGUUUGGUUCUUCUCAGCAUGGCGAGUGUGGUGCAGAUUUUCUUGUGGGCCUGGAUUAUUAAACACUCAAGGGUGUGUUCGGACUCACUUCCAGAAAACACUUCAAAGAGGUUUGUUAUUGAAUGUUUGGAGGAACACAACAGGGCGCGGUCAUCCGUCAAUCCACCUGCACGUGACAUGCUGUUCAUGACGUGGGACGAGGGUCUUGCCAUCACUGCAGCAGCGUGGGCGAGGAACUGUUUGUUUGUACACAACGUACACCUCGAAGAUGUCCGCCGUGUGCAUCCUACCUUCUCCUCUGUGGGAGAAAACCUCUGGGCUGGAUUCCCAGCGUCACAUUUCAACGUGACGAGAGCGAUCAAAAGUUGGGUGGAUGAAGUACACAAAUACGACUUCGACCAAAACAGAUGCUCAGGCGUCUGUGGCCACUACACACAGGUUGUGUGGGCGAGCAGCUACAAGGUUGGCUGUGCCGUGCAGCUGUGCCCGAACGGAGUCGAACGCACAAGCUUUGCUUCUAGAGAGGGGGCUAUCUUUGUGUGCAACUAUGCUACUGGGGGUAAUUUGAACGGGAGAAAACCCUAUAGUCCAGGGUCCGGCUGCUCGGGAUGUAUCGGCACCUGUGUGGACAAUCUCUGCCGUAGCCCUGAUCGAGACAAACAGAAAAGUUACGGAUGGACCCCAGAUUGGGAUCCGGCUCUUUCUAAGCGCGGCUACGUUCCCGGUUUAAUCGUCCGUCCUCUUGCACUCGUCUUCACCUUCAUCGCUGCAUUCGCUGUGCACCACUUCUAUCCAAAUGUCUUCUUCUACGAGUAAAACCACUGUGGUGUUCAUGGUCUUAUUUAUUAAUGGGCUCAGAUCGGGGUGUCAAAUGUACGGCGGUUACUGCAAAGUGUAAAAAAGGUAGGAGAAGUACUCAGAUCUUGUACUUGAGUAAAAGUGCUAGUGGCUUAUCCAACCGGCCCACCUCAGUGCCGCAAGUAUAUACUGCUAGUAAAUUGUCGACGGGGGGGGGGUGCUAGUGACUUAUCCGACCGGCCCACUUCAGUACCGGCCCAUCGGGAUUCGUCCCGAACGUCCGAUGGCCAGUCCGCCCCUAACGGGGUCCUUGAAAUAAGUUAGACACCCUUGACUUAGGUGAAGAUGGAGCUAACACUGUGUUUUUCUAUAUUCAAGCUUUUAAGACUUGUGAUAUAAUUCUGAAUGCAUUUAACCUGCUUACCUCUUUAAAAGGGACACUGCUUGCCAUAGAUUUCAUCCAUCAGACUCGCAUGUUUUGGAGGGAAACUAAAGUCAACACAGCCAAUAACUCCUCACUGCUCAUUAAAACAAAUGGACCACAUAUUUCCGUCAGAUGUUGGUGGAUCGAGCUGAAGGAAUUUGUAUAAUCGUGAUAUUUAUGACCGUAUUUCCUUAUGUUCGCACCCCCAUACACCAAAGCUAAAUCCUUGUAUGUGUAAACGUACUAACAAUAAACCCGAUUCUGAUUAAAAA